CUUGCUCGUGAGUCGUGAGUCGUCAGCGGUGAGGUGAAGAAGAAGGAAUAACAGUGAGCUGCAACUCUUCGCUGUAGCAGACUCUCAAAACGGAAUCUGUAUUAGAAUGCCUCGAAACGACGACAUUCGCUUCAUUUCUUCCUCAAUUAGAAUCCCACCUCCUCCCAAACCCCUAAAGAGAUGCCCCUUCGAAACCGCACGUUCUCACAUCGCUCAACUCGUUCGCUCCUUCAACACUCACUCCAACGAGUUGACUCGUUCCGUACUCCUAUGCUGCGCCACGCUCUCUCUCACCGGCAAAAGGAGACCGUCCUCUCCGAUUCUCUGCUCCGCUUCGCUGUCACUUGCCGAGUCGACUCAGCCGCAGGAAACUCAGCUCAAGGGGAUAUCUUCGCCUUCUUCUUCUUCUCCUGCUUCGGUUCGACAAAGCGAAGAGAGGGUUCUGAUAAGCGAGGUGCUGGUUCGGAACAAGGACGGCGAGGAGCUCGAGAGGAAGGACCUUGAGGCGGAGGCGCUGCAAGCGCUCAAAGCAUGUCGAGCGAACUCGGCUCUUACGGUGCGUGAGGUGCAAGAAGAUGUGCAUCGGAUCAUCAACAGUGGCUACUUCUGCUCCUGCAUGCCCGUUGCGGUUGACACUCGCGAUGGUAUCCGAUUGGUGUUUCAGGUAGAACCAAAUCAAGAGUUCAAAGGGUUGGUGUGUGAAGGAGCUAAUGUUCUUCCGGCUAAGUUCUUAGAGGAUUCCUUUCGAGAUGGUUAUGGGAAAGUUAUCAACCUGAGGCGGUUGGAUGAAGCAAUUUCUUCCAUCAAUGGCUGGUACAUGGAGCGUGGUCUUUUUGCUAUGGUUUCAGCAGUUGAGAUUCUCUCAGGGGGUAUUCUGAGAUUGCAAGUGUCAGAGGCUGAGGUCAACAAUAUCUCCAUACGCUUUCUGGACAGGAAGACAGGUGAGCCCACUAUAGGGAAGACAAAACCAGAAACAAUACUGAGGCAAAUUACAACCAAGAAGGGGCAGGUUUACAGCAUGCUUCAGGGAAAAAGAGAUGUGGAGACUGUACUAACUAUGGGGAUAAUGGAAGAUGUUAGCAUUAUUCCUCAACCAGCAGAUACAGGGAAGGUUGACAUGGUGAUGAAUGUGGUCGAACGACCUAGUGGGGGAUUUUCUGCUGGUGGUGGAAUAUCAAGUGGGAUUACAACUGGUACACUGAAUGGACUCAUUGGAAGCUUUGCCUAUUCUCAUAGGAAUGUUUUUGGGAGAAACCAGAAACUCAAUAUUUCCUUAGAGAGGGGUCAGAUUGACUCAAUUUUUCGUAUAAACUACACAGACCCUUGGAUUCAAGGAGAUGAUAAACGAACAUCCAGAACAAUAAUGAUUCAGAAUUCAAGAACUCCUGGGACAAUGGUUCAUGGUGACCGGGAUGGCAACAUUAUCCUGACCAUUGGCCGCAUCACAGGUGGUAUAGAGUUUAGUCGACCAAUCAGACCAAAAUGGAGUGGCACGGCAGGACUUCUUUUCCAGCAUGCUGGAGUCCGUGAUGACAAAGGGGUUCCUAUCAUCAAGGAUCAAUACAGCAGUCCUCUUACCGCAAGUGGCAAUAAUUAUGAUGACACAUUGCUCGCUAAAGUUGAGACUGUUUACACUGGUUCGGGUGACCAUGGAUCUUCAAUGUUUGCCCUUAACAUGGAGCAGGGGCUUCCUGUUUUGCCUGAAUGGCUAUCCUUUAUUAGGGUGAAUGCACGGGCUAGGAAGGGCAUUGAGAUAGGUCCUACUCGCGUUAACUUAAGUGUUUCUGGUGGUCAUGUGGUGGGAAAUUUCCCUCCCUAUGAAGCAUUUGCAAUUGGUGGAACAAACAGCGUGAGAGGCUAUGAUGAAGGUGCAGUGGGCUCCGGUAGAUCAUAUGUUAUUGGCUCUGGAGAAAUUUCUUUCCCAAUGUUUGGGCCGGUAGAAGGUGUUCUAUUUUCUGACUACGGAACUGAUCUUGGAACAGGCCCAAGUGUCCCUGGUGACCCUGCCGGUGCAAGGUUCAAGCCCGGAAGCGGAUGUGGUUGUGGAUUUGGUAUCCGUGUAGACUCACCUUUGGGUCCGUUGCGCCUUGAGUAUGCCUUUAAUGACAAGAAAGACAAGAGGUUUCACUUCGGAGUUGGCUACAGAAACUGAACAUUCUUCCCAUGAACUAUUCUUAACAAGCACCUCUUAAUUGUUUCAUAUCCAGUUCUUAGCUUGCAUAGUGUAUCAUUUUUUGGUAAAAAAGAAUGGCAGUGAUAGUGUUUUGUAUUGCUAAGAUGAAAUGGUUGAUCUGGGUUUCCUAUGUUUAUGCGUUGAAAUCUGUUGGUACACAUGGCAUUGGGUCCACAUUCCAAUUGGAACACGUGAAAGGACAUCUUAGAGAACCGAUGAUGAUGGUAGAUGGCCAAAUUGAAGGGGCUUUCGUGUACAACUUUGUUUACUUUAUGGAUCCAUAUAAAUGUUCUACACUUCUCCGACGUACGACAAUGGACGAAGAAAAAAGUGGGUGCUAAUUUCUCAAGCUAAGAACAAUAAAUUUAGAGUUAUCGAGUAAAAAUAAGCUCAAAUUGUAAACCGAUUUGUAUUUCGCUGGCUACAAUGUAAUAAGGGUUGUCGACAAACAGAUAAAAGACUAUGAAUGAGUUGAGAUGCCCAAUCCGACAAGUAAGAUGGCAAACUCCGCGAAAGUGUCAGGACAGUAAAUGAUGACAGUUUGUGUUAACGAACUCAAUCCCAUAACCAAUAAACAAAGUACAACACUAUUAAUUCA